AUGUCUUUCCAAUUGUCUCCACAGGCUCCAUGGAGAAACAACAACAUUACCUUUCGGAACAGAGAAACACCCUUCACAGAACAAGGAGAGACUGUUAUUGGCUUCUAUCUGCUUGCUUUGGGUUGGAUGUCUUGGUUUGGAAACAGCAUUGUGAUUUUUGUGUUAUAUAAGCAGAGAACUAUCUUGCAGCCCACAGAUUACCUAACAUUUAACUUGGCGAUAUCCGAUGCCAGUAUCUCUAUCUUUGGUUAUUCCCGGGGCAUCAUUGAAAUCUUCAAUGUGUUCAGAGAUGAUGGAUUUCUUAUAACAUCAAUAUGGACUUGUCAGAUUGAUGGAUUUAUGACAUUGUUGUUUGGUCUUGCUAGCAUUAAUACACUCACAGUGAUAAGUGUGACCCGCUACAUAAAAGGCUGCCAUCCCAUCAGGGUGCAUUAUAUCAGCAACAGCAGCAUCUUUGUGACACUUGUCCUUAUAUGGGUAGCAGCUUUCUUCUGGUCUGUAGCUCCAGUUCUGGGAUGGGGCAGUUAUACAGACCGCAUGUAUGGGACAUGUGAAAUAGACUGGGCAAAAGCCAACUAUUCAACAAUCUACAAGGCCUACAUUGUGUCCAUUUUCAUCUGCUGUUUCUUUCUGCCUGUGACGGUCAUGAUUUUCUCAUAUGUGUCCAUCAUCAAUACAGUCAAGUCAAGUCAUGCACUAAGUGGAGUUGGGGAUCCGACUGAUAGGCAGAGACGCACAGAACGAAGUGUUUCAAGGGUAUCCAUAGUCAUUUGCACAGCCUUUAUCACAGCAUGGUCUCCAUAUGCAGUCAUAUCUAUGUGGUCUGCCUCCGGUAAUCCUGUGCCUAAUUUAACGAGCAUCCUCGCCAGUCUUUUUGCAAAGUCUGCCAGUUUUUACAACCCCAUAAUUUACUUUGGAAUGAGUUCCAAAUUCCGGAAGGACAUUUUCAUCUUGCUUCACUGUGCCAGAGAGAUCAAGGAUCCUGUGAAGCUCAAACAGUUCAAGAACCUGAGGCAGAAACAGGAGAAUUCACCUUCUCAAAUGGAAGAGAAAUAUGCAGAAGAUGUUCAGCCUGCCCUAAGUCCUGAUUCUGGAAUGGGGAGUCGUUCUAACACCCCUCCUCCUGUAAACAGGGAAGUGUAUUUUGGUGCUUUUGAUACCCCAUCCAACAAUCCUGACGUUGAAUGUGUCCGACUGUAA